AUGGCCGCGCGCCCCGGCCCGCUCUGGCUCCUGGGUCUGGCGCUCUGCGCGCUGAGCGGCGGCAGCCCCGGCCCGCGGCCCGCACCCGGCUGUCCGCAGCGUCGCCUGGGCGCGCGGGAGCGGCGCGACAUGCAGCGCGAGAUCCUGGCGGUGCUCGGGCUGCCCGGGCGGCCCCGGCCCCGCGCGCCGCCCGCCGCCGCCCGGCUGCCCGCGUCCGCGCCGCUCUUCAUGCUGGACCUCUACCACGCCAUGGCCGGCGACGACGACGACGACGGCGGGCGCGCGGAGCCGGGCCUCGGCCGCGCUGACCUGGUCAUGAGCUUCGUCAACAUGGUGGAGCGCAACCACGCCCUGGCCCACCAGGAACCCCACUGGAAGGAGUUUUGGUUUGACCUGACCCAGAUCCCAGUGGGGGAGGCGGUUACAGCUGCUGAGUUCCGGAUUUAUAAGGUGCCGAACAUCCACCAGAUCAACAAGACCCUCCACAUCAGCAUGUUUGAGGUGGUCAAGGAGCAGUCCAACAGGGAGUCUGACUUGUUCUUUUUGGAUCUUCAGACGCUCCGAGCUGGUAACGAGGGCUGGCUGGUGUUGGAUGUCACAGCAGCCAGUGACCGCUGGCUAUUGAACCGUAACAAGAACCUCGGACUCCGCCUCUAUGUGGAAACGGAGGACGGGCACAGCGUGGACCCUGGCAUGGCCGGUCUGCUGGGGAGCCGGGCGCCGCGCCCCAAACAGCCCUUUGUGGUCACUUUCUUCAGGGUGAGCCCAAGUCCCAUCCGAGCCCCGCGGGCAGUGAGGCCGCUGAAGAGGAGGCCGCUGAAGAAAACCAACGAGCUGCCGCAGCCACACAGGCUCCCGGGCAUCUUUGAUGACAUCCACGGCUCCAUUGGGCGUCAGGUGUGCCGGCGGCACGAGCUCUACGUCAGCUUCCAGGACCUGGGCUGGCUGGACUGGGUCAUCGCCCCCCAAGGCUACUCGGCCUAUUACUGUGAGGGGGAGUGCGCCUUCCCGCUAGACUCCUGCAUGAAUGCCACCAACCACGCCAUCCUGCAGUCCCUGGUGCACCUGAUGAAGCCUGAGGCCGUCCCCAAGGCGUGCUGUGCGCCUACCAAGCUGAGUGCCACCUCCGUGCUCUACUACGACAGCAGCAACAACGUCAUCCUGCGCAAGCACCGCAACAUGGUGGUCAAGGCCUGUGGCUGCCACUGAGGCCACACCCACCUGGGCCUGCUGUACCCCUCCUGGCCCACCCAGUCAGGCCCUGAGGGGACUUCUCACCUCUCUCCAGGGGCAGGAAAUCCCCAAACCUCAGGCAGGGUUGGCAGGGAUGACCCUCAGAGGUCACCUUGUCCAUGCCCCUGCCUCCUUCAUGCCAGGCUGUGUCCUCUCCUGGACUGUCUGCCCCUCCUUCCCCUGCUUGAGGCCUGUGAUAAACUGUCCUGCCUCCAGCCCUGGUGGUCCAAGCCAUCAGGAAGGGUUCCACCUCACCUUCCUGCCCCAGAGGUACCUGCUGACUGGGCUAUCUCGGGUUGGCAUAGAAGUCCUGUCUGAGGACCUGUCCAUGACCAUCACUGGCCCAUCUCAAGCUGUAGGAUGACCUGAGAGGCACCUGGAGUCCAAGACUGGCCCAUCCAUGCUCUUCUCCACCCAUUACAGUGUUCAGAUAUGUGUAGACAGGUUCUGGUCCACCCCUGAUGCCUGUCCCUCCCAGCUGCAACACUGGAGCAUUUCUGGAGAAUAAACAGCAUGGACUUGCCCUCAGUGUUGUAUGCUCAUUGAUCUGAAUUGACCAUUUAGGCGGGUGGGGCAACUCAAGAAAGAGCUGAAUGGACAGCAUGAUUCAGGGCCAAAGCCAGUGGUAUUUAUCUUCCUGCUUUCUGCGUUUCCAUCUGCCUCUGCUGCUGGGGAAGAUGUGCAGUGUCUGGACUUUUGGCCUCUGGAGAAUCAAAGAACCUUUUGGGGGCUUCCAGUUAACUCAUACCUCCCCUUGACUGUGUUCAACCAUCAGGAGUUGAGUUCUGUGAAGUUGUUUGCUGAGCCAAGUAUGGUGGGUGGCACACCACAAACACCAUCAUUUCCCCUUCCCUUCUCUGUGGCACCCACCAAUAAUCAAUCUUGACGUUUUCUCUCCCAGAUCUGGACAGAAUCUCAAAAUGGUCAACACAGACCUCCAGGCAGCCACUGCCAAGAGAUCUAAGUGGGCACGUGAAGUGAGAACUGCCUGCCAUCUCCUGCCACGCUAGGGCACAACCCAUGCUACCCAGAGCCUUGUAUCUACCACACUGGAUAGCCAGUGGC